CGUUUUUAAAAACAACUAGAACAAAAUAUUCUGGCAUUGUUGCAUAGACUCACUGAUAAUGUGAGGAUAAGUGCAAAGUAAAUCUGAACUAAAGCCUGGAUUGUAGUGUGUUACUUUGAUAAGACCUUUUUCUAAUCCGUAGCUAUAAAUCCGUCCUAGGCUAGGGAGAUGUGAGUUAUGGAAUUAAAUCAGUGCUGUGGGAGGGGAGUUUGUUCAGUCAAUUAGGGUGAAUAGUCAGACCAUGUAAAAAGAAAACAAAAAGAAAAAAAGAAACCAGAUGAAAAGUGUGGAUCAGAAGCAGGAGCUUUAUAUAUAUUUCUGUAUCUUUAUUUGCAUAUGCAGAUAGUAAGCGAUGCAGACUGAAAGGAAAUGGCACAUAGUCCUGGGCAUUAUCUUUCUGCUGGUCACCUCGGGUCAAUGCAUGGACAGCAAGGAAUCUAAGCAGAAAGAAAAGAAAACACUUCUAGAUCUCAUCCUACAGGUCAUUGGGGACAAUCAAGAUGAUUCAAGUGUCUCCCGGCGGUAUGCCGGUGGUAUGUACUCUGUAGAUCAAGACUACAGAUUUUCCUCCAGUGAAAAGACCUUGGUUAUUCCCCGGCCGGACAACAACAGACCAAUAGAAAUUGUCCCAAGAGAUGUGAACUUGAAAGACAAGUUUAUAAAACAUUUCACGGCAGGACCAGUCAAGUUCUCAGCUGAAUGCAGCAAGCAUUUCCGUCGACUCUAUCACAACACAAGGGACUGUUCUAGACCAGCCUAUUACAAAAGGUGUGCAAGAUUGCUAACACGGUUAGCAAUGAGUCCCCUAUGUAUGCAGUCAUAGAAAUCUUGUCCAAGUCAAAUGAAGAUGGAACUCUAAAUUGCCAAGAAAGUGCCUUUGAAUCUUCCCCAAGAUGGUUCUUCAAUGUCAUCUUGGUUACAUUAUUUUUUUUUUGGUUUACAAAACAGUUUUAUUACUGACCACUUUUUAUUUUCAUAUAUUUGAAACAUUCCUUUUUUGUGUUAAUAAAAAAAAGAUAUUUUUUGUAUUCAUAAUAUUACUCCUAGUGUUGAUGCAAGUCAAUUAUUUAUUGAAAUACUAUGUAUAUAAUGAUCUGCAGAGAUAAAAUAUUUCAGUCAUAAGCAGAAGUUCAAGUGGAUUGGCUAGAUAUUUUAUUUCAUUAUACUCAUGCCAUUUUUUUCUGAGAUGCUCGCAUAUUGCACUGAUCUUAAUGCAAGACAACAUGUAACUGACUUAUUCUGAGAACUUAUUCUAUUUCUUUUAAAUUAACUUGCUGGAUAUUAUGAGCUUCGUGAAUAUACAGUUGUAUAUUAUGAAAUGUUGCUGAGACAAAUACCGUGCUUUCAAGAAUAUUUGUAUAGUGUCAUUAAUUAUCAUCAGUUACAUGUGUACUGGCACUUCUGUAAAAGUUUGCAAAUAAUGUAAAUAAUGACAAAGACUGGAAGACUGCAAGUUUUGGAGGAAUAAACAUUAUUA